AUGCCACCAAGUAUAUCGGAAAUUCCAGCCGUCAAUGGCAAUCCCAACGGCGGCGACUACGCUGCACCAAGUCAAGCCACCUCAAAUACAUCACCAACAUUCUUGGACACCCAACCAGGCUCUGAUCACAAUUGGAAGAUCACGCUACAAGGAAAAGUCAUCGCUAUCACCGGUGCCAACAGGGGCAUUGGCCUAGCCCUCGCAGAGGUUUGCUUAGCGAACGAUGCGGCGAGCAUUUUCAGCCUGGACAUUUUCGAGCCGGGUGAGGAGUUCGCUGCUAUACAAAAAGCCAAUCCAAAGAAAUUGCACUACAUCCACUGUGAUGUCACUUCUGAGAACAGCGUGAACUCUGCAAUCGAUGCGGUUAUCGCAGAGGGGGGGGCUAUUCAUGGUUUCAUCGCCAAUGCCGGCAUGACGAAGCACCAACCAGCAUUAGACUUCAGUCGCGCCCAGUUGGAUCAGCUCUUCAACCUCAAUGUCUUUGGCGCAUAUUUCUGCGCUACCACGGUUGCCCGCCGGUUCAUUGAUUUGGAAAUUAAAGGUUCGAUCGUCUUUACUGCUUCCAUGACAUCCUAUCGCCCAAACCGCGCAGCACCUUCGGCUCCUUAUGGGGCUACAAAGGCUGCUGUGCGAAAUAUGACACAUACUCUGGCCAUGGAAUGGGCUAAGCAUGGCAUCCGCGUGAACUCAAUUUCGCCUGGUUUUAUCAAGACUGCCAUGACCUAUUUCGUGGACCAAGCCCCCGACUGGGAUUUGAAGAUGCAAUACUACGGCGGCAUGCCCAGGCUGGCUGACCCCAAAGAACUUGGUGGAGCUUAUGUGUACCUGCUCUCUGACGGUGCCUCGUAUACCACUGGCAUCGACAUUCCCGUUGCUGGUAUUGUGGGGGCCUGGUAG